AUGGAUAAAAACAAUGAGCAGGACUUCCAUUUCUUCCCUAAGCUCCCCGCCGAGCUGAGGUUGAUGGUCUGGCGGUUCUGCCUCCCGCACCGGGUGGUGGAACUAGACCGACCCUUUGGAGAACAUUCGUAUGCAUCUCCCUGUGACGAGGGCGCAACAUGCGAUCUUAACAUGUGCCCCCCCAGUUAUUACUCGGAUUUAAGCAUGGACUUUCCGCUCAACGAAUCAUUAUGGAUCGACUACUCUCGUGAUUCAGUCCACGUGAACUGGAGACCCCCGUUUGAGCUUGAUGACAUACAUAGCCGCCCAGGGAGUCCACUUGACUAUCUGGCAUGCAAGGCAUCCGAGGUGCAAGGUGGUUCUUUUCGAUUUCAUUAUCUAGGGGAGGGUCGUAAAAGCCGUCGCCGAGAUAUCGAGUUGUGCAAAACGAUGGGCCCCCUUGAAAAACUCCAACAGACGCCCUGGGGAGCGGUUAUAAUGCGUGUCAUUGUGGUACAUACCACGCGUGAACAUGUUGCGAAAACUGGCCUAUUCGGACUCCUUUGUGAUGCUCCCAUCCAGGUCGUUGGUGUUGAUGAUGAGAAAAGACUGGAUGCGUUCUAUGAUCUGGCAAGGGAAUGCGAGCCUUUCUCCAAAUCCAUCCUACCCAGACAAAGCUUUCACAGAGUCUCCGCUGACUCGCUCAGGACUACCUUGAAAAAUAGGCUUCUUGAAAUUACCUUCGAAUCUGAACGACAACUUGAGCAUGAUCAAACGGAUGACAGCUGGUCCGAUGACUACCCGUCCAAUGGUAACCGUAAUGAAGACCAAGCCGAAGACAAACCUGAAGAGAAACAAACACCCCCAUCCCUACACCCCGCCAUCAUGUUCCGAUUUUGCCCAAAAAUGUGCAACCUUACUCGCCCAUCCUUUGAAGAAGCUGAAGCUAUGGUCAAGAACAGAAAUGUAAAGAAAGGCAGACCACCUAUGUCUAAGGGUCGCCACAAUUACCGGUCUUUUAUGGCGUCGAUAAAUACGCGAAGCCCCUACGAAUUGGGAAGAUAA